AAACCCUAAAUCGUCCGAUCUCAUCUUCUUCGUCUCUUUGACUUCUUCCAAUGGCGUCUUCUUCUAAAAUCUGCAGAUUAUCAUCAAAGAUUCAUUCUUUAACCCAGAAGCUUAGCAAGACGAAUGUUCACGUUUCCUCCUUACCCUCUCCCAUUAAAUCUUCAUCUCCAUCCUCAGCCACUUCUCGUAUCAAUCAAUCUUUUAGAUUACCAGUGGAGCUAAGUAGCUGUUUAUCGAUGUUGCCACUACACAGUGCAAUAGCAUCUGCCAGAUUGAUAUCAAGUUUGUCUGUUGAGUCUAAGAGCUGGGCUUUAGUUCCUCAAGGUCAGUCUUUUUCCACUCUAUCUGUCUCUAUUACCUUUAAGAACAUAAGUUAAUAUCAUUCGUUUGUUUAGAAUGAAGAGGACUUGUUACAUUUUGUAUAUCAAGAAGAUUCACAUUAUGUAGUGAUGAUGGUUCCUCGUGUGCCAGUUUUUGACAUUUGGUGGUGGCAGUGACUGUUAUCAUACUUCUAUUUUGAAACCGCUGAUAUCAGUUCUUCUUGAUAGGGAAAUUAUGUUUUAGCUGAUUAAUUUAGCACUGAUAGGAGCUUGGUAGAUCAUGUUAGCUUUGCUUAGUGUUAUGCCAUUUUCAGUCGGUUUGUAAAUCUGAUGAAUAACUUCUUGAUCCAUGCGUUCUCUAUAUAUACUUGGAUUGUUGUUACUUGACAUGAAAACUCUACUUGUGAAUGAAUUGUUGUCUUUCUGGCUUAUAGUAUACUUGUAUUAGCAGCUUUGGUUAGUUUAAUACGUUGGCAUAUUCAUCAUGUUUAGUACUUGGUCUGUGACUCAGGCGUUGGUUUUAUCUUAUGGAAUUCUUAUAUUUGAUAUGGACUUGUUGCUUAGCUUUAUGCAUUUAAAAGUUAACCUUUUUAUUAUCUGAAACUGCAGGUAUUUCGAUGCCUUUAUGACAGUAUUUCAUCUUACAACAAGCUUGGGGGUAGGAUAAAGACAUGAAAUGUAA